AAAUUCGAAAUUUCGAAACCUCAGACACACUUACAGAGAGACCAAACGGUAACAUACAGUAGCUUCUUUUUCUUAUUCGUUAAGAAAUCUCACGUAAACCCUUCGAAUUUCUCAAAUCUUCACUCGGAAUCUGAAAAAAAAUGGUGAGUGAUCUCCCGCUUGAUGAAGAUGAUAUCGCUCUCCUCAAGAGUCCUUAUAUAGGUGAAAUUGUUGAAGAAAUUGGCUUUGUGAGAGAAAAGCGCAUUGCUCAUUGUAUUGUUCAGUGUGAUGAUGGUGGUGAUGAGGACGUCAACUCUGCUCCAAACAUUUUCACUUAUGAUAAUGUGCCUCUUAAGAAGCGCCACUACCUUGGGACAAGUGACACUUUCAGAAGCUUUGAGCCGUUGAACGAACACGCAUGUAUUGUAUGCGAUAUUGCAGACGAUGGUGUAGUACCUUGUUCUGGGAAUGAAUGCCCUCUCGCUGUUCACAGGAAGUGUGUUGAGCUUGAUUGUGAAGAUCCUGCAACCUUUUACUGUCCCUAUUGUUGGUUUAAGGAGCAAGCUACUAGAUCCACGGCUUUGAGAACAAGGGGUGUUGCAGCUGCGAAGACCCUUGUUCAAUAUGGAUGUAGUGAGCUGAGGAGUGGAGAUAUAGUCAUGACGAGAGAAAACAGUCAACUAGAGAAUGGUUCUGAUAAUUCACUACCAAUGCAACUACAUGAGAACCUUCAUCAAUUACAAGAACUGGUCAAGCACCUUAAGGCUCGAAAUUCCCAGUUAGACGAGUCAACAGAUCAAUUCAUUGAUAUGGAGAAAUCUUGCGGAGAAGCUUAUGCUGUUGUUAAUGAUCAGCCAAAAAGGGUACUAUGGACAGUCAACGAAGAGAAGAUGUUGAGGGAGGGAGUGGAGAAAUUUUCUGAUACAAUCAACAAAAACAUGCCUUGGAAGAAGAUUUUGGAGAUGGGAAAAGGUAUAUUCCACACAACUCGUAAUUCCUCCGAUCUUAAGGACAAAUGGAGAAAUAUGAAUUAUCUUGAUUUGGUUGAGGUCGAGAUUGACAUCAUCAUCGUCGUCGCAGAGAUCGGAGAUCAAAAUGGAGAGGGAAAGAAACGCAGGAGUGAUGAAGAAGAUGAGUCCAACAGGAACCAUCCAAAGAUUAGAAUUUGUGGGAUGGUAUUUGUAAAGCCAAUAACUUAGAAACAAUCCUCCACAUAUAUUCACAAUCAUCGAAUACAAGAACACCAUUGACGACGUACUCUUCUUCUCCUUCCUUGUCCUCUUCUUCAUAUUCGUGUUCAUGCUGCUUUCGUGGUUCAUUUGCAAGAGGAUCUAAACAAGUUAUGAUUCGCCUUUUUAUUAAUUAAUUUACUGGGAGUUAGGUGAAGUGAAAGAAAAGAUGGA